UCUGCUAUGAGCUAAUCAGAGGUUAAAGUCUGAUGUGUGGCUGACCGAACACAGUGAAAACACAGUGUGUUUUUGUGCCUCACUGUCUGAGCUGCGCUCCUCUUGACAACACCUCGUCCCAUGUAGAGAGCCUUCUACACCAACGCCAUGCUGCUCCGGAUUUUGGUUCCUCUUCUCCUCCUCUGUGUGUCUACGGGCAUGUGUGCCUCCUUGGUCUCUUUACAGGCUCAAGACAAGGAGGUGGAGAAGGAGGAUUCUGCUGAGAAGUUAGAUGUCGCUCCAGCUGUAGAAGGUAGUGAGGCUGCAGCAGAGGAACCUUUGUCUAACACCCUGUCUGGUAACAAUCUCCUUGGUAAACUUCUUGGCGUGGACAAUCCAGAAGCGGAUAAAAACACCGACGGACCUGCUGCUGUGGACGCUGCUCCUCAAACUCAAGAGCUCCCUUCGUCUACAGAAGAUGGGAACGACAUUAAAGCACUCAAACCGAAACAAUCACUAGUAGAACCCUCAGCCGAUAAGAAGAACGACACUUGGAGCAUCAACUCAAUCAGAGACAGUUUCCAGACCGUGCACACGUACUUUGACUCCCUGGUGGAGCUGGUGGGUGGGCGUGAUGGAGUGUGUCAGUACCGCUGCAGAUACGGAGAAGUUCCUCAGCCUCGUUCUGGUUACGUGCGUCCAGAGCCCAAUGGCUGCAGUUCCUCUCUGGUGGGAUUCCAGGUGAAUGCAGCUCUGGACCUGGGGAUUCCAGCCAUGACCCAGUGCUGCAAUCAGCUUGACUCAUGCUACGACACGUGUGGCACCAGCAAGUACGACUGUGACUCCGAGUUCCGCUCCUGUGUGCUGGGCAUCUGCUCUGACCUGAAGAAGAGCUUGGGCUUUGGGUCCCAAGUCCAAGUCCAAGCCUGUGAUUCAGUGGCAGACGUUCUGUACAACACAGUGUGGACUCUGGGCUGCAGGCCCUACAUGAACAGCCAGAGGUCAGCGUGUGUCUGUGACGGAGAGGAGAGGGAUGAACUGUGAUCCUGCAGACACUGAUUGGACAAAUCAAGUAUCCUCACACAUUAAUGCAUAAACAGUAUUUAUGAGUUUCAUCGUCUAAGUUUAAAAUGAAGACAUUGGAAAUGAA